UAGCGCAGAUUGGAUCGUUCGUUCGGUGGUGUUGUAGUAUUUCAGCAAACGCAACAGAAGGAAGAGAACCCCAGUUUCGGACUAGCUGCGAAAAAGUGUAAAUUUUGUCCCGUUUAGCAGCGUUUUUCGCGUCCCAUUCCGCGAUGGAGGUGGAAAGCAACGUCAUCAAGGACGAGUCCUCCCGCAGAAGCAGAGGUGCUGCUGGUCAGCACCACCAUAGAGGCAGCAAGAGCAAUGCUGCUAGCGCCAACAGUGCUAACACCGUUACGGUUAAAGUUGGUCUCAAUAUGAACAUAUGCAGACUGUGUCUGAUGGAGGGUACCACCACUUCCCGGCUGCAACCGGUUUACUAUGCAAAGGACACUGCGGAUGAGCCACUAUUGCAGAAGAUUCUGGAUCUCACAACGAUACAGGUCACCUACGCCACGGAUUUCCCCUCGUCGAUAUGCAUCGGCUGCAAGAGCAAACUGGAAGAGUACCACCAUUUUCGGAGACAGUGCUUAGAGAACGAUGAACUUCUUAGGAUGAAAUACUACGAAAUCAAGGCGGCUGAAGAUUAUCACCAGCAACAACUGCAACGCAGUCAGCACGUGGAGCAACAAGAGGUCGUAGAGGAAGUCAAAGGUGAGGAGUACAUCGACGAUGGAGACGAUAUCACAUUGGCCAUCGACGAGUCGGCGGAUGUGGAAGAGGAGUAUCAAGAGGAAAGCGAAGAACUUCAACAGCAGCAGCAACAACAACUGCAACAACAACAGCAACAGCAACAACAACAGCAGCAACAACAACAACAACAACAACAGCAGCAGGAGCAAGUGGUUGAACAGCAAACGAUUCAAUAUGUGGCGGCUGACGGCACUAUGACCGAGUACGUUGAGUCCGGGGAUGUUCGGACGGUAUCUAGCUCCUCGCAACAGCAACAGAUUCACAUCAGCGGGUACAGUGAGGGUGAAACGAUUCCGGCUGGCGAAGGGCAUGAGAUCUACUACACGGACGGUAACGAUACCUAUGCCAUUCAAACGACAGCGGAAGGAUACGUGAAUGCCGCCAACUAUGUGCCACAGGGUUAUGAUAAUCAAACCGAAAUCGAGUGUACCACCAUCGAACAGGAGGAGGAAGUCUACAUGGAGGAAGGAGGAGGCACCCCGGUAGGAAGCAUUAUCACUCCGAGAGGAGUGCACGAUCGACCUUAUGUGUGCAAGCAUUGCAAAACUAGCUUCAAAUAUGAGUACAACUAUGAAAGACACAUGAAGAAUCAUGCAAAAGUUCUGUAUAGGUGUGGCAAAUGCUCGAAAACGUUCACCAAGCAGAGAAAGUGUCAGCAGCAUUUUCUGAAGGCGCACUCGUCCCAACGGUAUGAGUGUGACAUUUGCUUUAGAACCUACAGUCUCCCAACUCGUUUAGAAAACCACGUGAUCGAAAUGCACUCGGAAAACGGCGUGUACAAAUGCGAUCGGUGCACUGAAACCUUCAACUCCUACCUAGAUUUCAAAUCCCAUCGCAACAGCCAUCACAGCAUAAACGGGUCCAACAGUGCGACGGUGAUCGCACAAGCCGUAGAACAACAACGAACUCAACCCAUCCAGCAGGUGCAGUCUCCGCAACCGCACAUAGCACCUCACACAACUACUUCGGUCAGCACCCGCUCCUCGGUGUCGGACAAUUGCGACUUUGAGGUGAUGAUCGAUGAAACCAUGAUCGCGAAACCGUCGUCCGCCGGGGUUGAAUCCGGCGACGAAAAACGACCGCUCGUGGUAGCAACCGCUAGCAGUUCCACUCAGGAACAGGACAUCAUACUGAUCGAUGAUGAAGCGGCUGGCAGUGUUGCGGUGAAUAACAAUAACAAACCACCCGCCUCGGCAGCGAUAGUAGCAUCCACCAUCCCCGGUACCAACAGUGUCAUCAGUGGUGGAAAGAUAGUGACCUCCGGGAGUGCUGCUUCGAUUGCCAUCACUCCGGCGAGCAGUAGUAAUAGCAGUAGUAUACCGACAGUCAUUACAAAUGGGAUUGAAAAGAAUAGCCUACACAGACAACUGUUGCAGCAGAUCGAGGAAAGUGAAGCCAACUCACCGGGGCCCAAGGUUUACAAGUGCGACAGCUGUACGAAGAACUUUGUACAUCUGAACAAUCUGAAGGCGCACAUCUACGCGGAACAUGACAACGAUAAACCGUUCAAGUGCAAACUGUGUCCCAUUUCGUUCAAGACGAAGGAGAUCCUGGUGAUGCACAUGGUAUUACAUUCUCAGCACAACACGGCAACUUAAGGGUUGUGCAAUCGAUGGCGCGUGAAACGCGUAGCUCGCAUCAACUCCGGGAAGUUUAUCAACCACAAUUCAACCGCUAUAAACAAAUCUUAAGGAAAACAAUCUCAUCCCGAAAAAGGAAUUUUUCUCUUUCCUUAAUAUAUAUACAUGUAGCACAUGAAAUGAAAUUGAACAAACAAACUGCAUUACUACACAAAACAGAUGAAACUGUAUCGAAAUAUUAAACAGUCAAAAAAAGAAGAGAUGCUUUCAAAAUGAACAAAAUUUACACAAUGGAAUAACAAAACAGGAUAGUAAAGAAACAUUAUAAUUCUCUAAAGAAAAAAGAUACCUAUUAGUAGAUAGUAAGAAAGUACUAGAAAUGAUGAUGAUUUCCUUAUUGUUUAAACUUUUUUUUUAUAAAUAUAGACUCUAAUAUAUUUUUUUAUUUAUAUAAAAAUUUCGUGUUUCCUAUUGUCUAAUUUUGCAAACAUAAAAAAAACAACGGCUCGCUUGCAAUAGUAGUUGCUCAUAGCAUAUUUUACUAUUUUCUAAUUGUUUUUAAAAAUUAAGUGAUCCACUAGAACAGUUAGUUGAAAACUUGCUGCGAAUGGUGCUUUGUACCCCCACCUCCCCAAACAAAACGAAUAAUCGCAAAUCUCGCUCUCAUGAUGAUGACGCUACGUGUUUAGUCCUAUUAUAUUUUUAUUCCUUCCUAGAGGUCCUGGAGAAAGAAGAUGGUCCUUUUUCUAUGAUCAUUUUUAGGUAAGUUUUACCUUAAAUAGUAAAACGAAAAUGCAACCGCAAAACCGCGUCUCUUGUUUCAAAAACGGGGCACAAAUUCGAUUUCCUUAAAAUUAAACAAAAACUAGGGCAUAAGUUUGGAAUCGGUUCUUCCAAAAUAAAACAAACACAAAAAAGAUAGCUUAAAUAUUUCGCAUAGUAAAAAUUGUUUGUUUUAGUUGAAAUCGUAAAGAAAUCAAAAGAAACCCCUUUUAUAUUGUGAUCGAUGUGAUCUGGUUAUAGUUUAGGAGAGCUAAAUCGAAUGUUGAUUUUGUGUGAUUUUAAAAAUUGGUUGCGAUAAUUUCCUUAUUACCUUACUAUCAUAUUAGGUUACAAAACCGAUCGGUUGCAAUAAUGCUGGUGAGAGAAAGAGAGAGAGAGAGUUGAUGAGUGUAAAAAAAAACGAUAGAGUACGCGCAGUUGGUAAGAAGAGAGUUGAUUUUCGAUAUAUUUUAUUGUCACUGUUAAGUGAAGAGAUUAGCGUGUUAGUUGCGAGUGUUCUAGGAGUAGACGAUGACUUUGAUGAGAAUUGAAAAUGUGGUGUCAUGAAUACCUACCACCUUUACUACCACCUACUCUACUGACACAUAUUGUUGUGUUAAAGUUGUUUUUUUUUCGGAGCAAAAUCAUUCACCCCACCCCAUUUGGAAUCGUUUUUCGUCAUCCAUAGAGAAAUCAUUUUUAGGUAGAAUCGUGCACUGGUGAAUGCAAGUGCUUAGGAAAAUAUUAAUUGUCGGACAAAGGAAGAUUGAAGUUAUGACACAAAACCGAAUGAAACUGAUUAAAAUAGGUAAAUUGAAACAAGAAAUGUGAGAAUUCUUUAAAGUUCUUGAAUGUCGCCAUGAAGUAUAAAAAUAAAGUGUUCUAUAAAAUAA